AUGCAUCAGGCGAAUACCAACACCGGCAACAUUCCCCAUACGGGCCUGCUACCAAGACAGGUGCUGGAUUGCCUGACAUGCUCACCCCAGGCGCCCAGAUGCAACCUCGAGUGCGAGACUGGCAAGGAGUGUGCCAUCUCCUUUGUCAGAUUUCACCCGGAAAAUUCCAGCUGCGUGCUAGAAUGUUCCAAGGCGUUCUGCGAUACCAUCCGGUCAUCUAUACAACCCAGCAUACCUGGUGGGCAUGGCACUCCUGCACUUGGUACCCCCGCGCUUGCCAGCGUCAUCGUGGCCCCAAUCCUCCUUGUGCUGCUAUCCGGGGUCAUCCUAUUUUGCUACUGCCGCCGCCGCCGGCGACGGCUGCUGCCGAACGGGCGAGGCCGCAGUAGCAUCCACCAGACUCCCGGAAAGCCCGAGCUAGAAGGCUGUCCAGGGUACGGCUCCACCCCUGGAGCCGUGGCGGGGGCUCUAUCGCUCAAGCCCGAGCUGAUGGAGGUGGAGAGGCCGCACGAGCUUGGCAAGCAAGACAACAACCGGAAUCUGCCCAACAGUAGAGAGGUGUACGAGCUGGACUAG